AUGUCCAUAGUCCAUGGAGCAAGAAAUUGUACUAAAAUAGAAGAGGACAACAAUGCCGAUGAAGAAACAUCGGCAAAGCAGCAUCAGAGCAGGGCAGACAUAUCAGCCAGCCAUCCAGCCAGGCUGUUCAAGUAUGUUUGUGGGGGCCAGUUCAAUUCUUUUGUAUCAGACAGGUUUGUCGCCAGCCGCAUUCCUGUCUACACAAAUACAGGCUGGAGGCAUUUAGUUAAGCCCUGGUCGUGGAAGGGGCUUCAAAUGCAACAAAGCUAUACACAAAGACCAGGAUUACUCAGAGGGCAACAAAUGCAAGCCUUCUCAUCAUGA